AUGCCCCUCUUCAGCGGCGAACCGAAAGGCAACGGCUUUCGCAAUGGCGGCGCGGCGCUGCCGAAAUACAACUCUGCGGUGCAGGAAAAGCUGCACCGGUCGGGCCGCUCGCAGUCGUGGACGGUCCCGCUCUCGAUUCCCAUACCGGGCGUGCAGCACAGGCGGCUACGGAUACCGGCCCCGAACCUGGCCCGGAUGCACCACGCAGCGACGACGCGGUUCGGGAGGAGACGCGGCCUGCUCGUCCUCCUCCUCGCCGCGCUCUCCAUCGCCACCGUCUUUGUCAAGCUCACAAGGAGCAUCGGCAAGGCGACGACAGAGAACUGGCCGAUAGACAUUGGCAUGCGCGACCCUCCCACCCUCGUCUACGAACGCGAAGACCUCCAAAAGAUCUGGCUCUGGGAGAUCGCGAGCGGUCACUACCCGAGCAACCGCGAGAUACCCCAUUUGAUGAACUUUACGACCCGACCACUUAAUCCCGCGCUGCCGGCAAAGAACGCGCCCAUCAUCCUCCAACCAAAGAUCCCCAGCGAGACCGGCGUGCGCACAGCCGGACACGGCCCCAAACGCGUCUAUCUCGACAUACAGGCCAAACCCCCAAAUGUCGCAUAUCCGCCACGACCCGUACCCGGCAGCGUGGCAGACCUCGACAUCGUCAUGGACCACUGCGAUUUCUCGCAACAGAAGUACGUUCGCGAUUGCUUGGAAGUUCUCCGGCUUGGCGCUGGGUUGGAUAACGGCAACCGUGUACGGAGAGGGAAGAUGAACGAGUGGAAAUACAUCUACUCUGAAAUCGGCGACGUGCAGGACGUGUCUGCCGUCGCCGCCGCCUCACUACGGGAUAACGACGGCGUUUCCACCGGCAUCGUUUCCACGGACCCCAAUCACGGCCUGCCCAAGAAGCCGCGCGUAGACUACGAGCCGCAUCUGUCACUGCCCACUCCACGCACGCACACGCCCUACCACGCCCUCCCGUCGACAUGCGACCCUGAAAACCCUCGCAUAUUCCACAUGUUCUGGGCAGGACCUGUCACGGACAAGCCGUAUCUUGCGAUGCUCUCGUUCUUGUUUACGCAGAACUUGCGCCUCAAUGUGCACGAGGACGCGCCUGACGCAUCUGUCUGCCGCCCGCAAUUCUGGAUGUGGAUUAAUCCCGGACCUGCCGCGUCUGUCCCCAAUCCCAGUGCCGUACACGACCUGUUCGAAGGCUUGAAGGUCAGCCCGUGGGCGUCGCCGUUCUUGCACCCGCGCUUCAAGGACGUAAUCAAAUUCAAACUAUGGAACACGACGGAACAGCUUGACGGUAUACCAGAACUCAAAGACGAAUGGCGCGCAUUGCCACUCUUCAACUCGGGCGGUCAUGUCGUGCAGGUACCGGAGAAGGUUGAGGAGCCUGAGAGCGAAGGCACCGAAAAGAAAGAGGACGACAUGAUCAACCGCCUAGGCUCCAAAUCAGCCAGCACUUAUGACCGUCUAUCCGUCACGCUUUCGGAUAUGGCGCGAUUCGUGCUCUGCCAUCGCUUUGGCGGCAUCUAUCUCGACGCCGACACGAUCUUCCUGCGCGACUGGGAGGAGCUCUGGGGCUGGAAGGGCGCGUUCGCGUAUCGCUGGUCACGCAUGGAGAAGUACAAUACGGCCGUCCUGCGUAUGAACCGCAACUCCGCCCUCGGCACCUUCCUCUUCCGUACCGCGCUGAAGAACGGACUUGACUUCCACCCGAUGUCCGUCAGCAAAUACACCAAGGACGCAGCAGUCGAAGGACUUCUGCUCCGUCUGCCCGACGCUCUCUUCGACUCGGCAUGGUUGAACACGGAAGACUUCCAGCGCAACAGGCCACCGCAGCCGUACCUGCUUGAGUUCGCGGACUUUUUCAAUACGCCUACGCAGGUCAGCUCGCAGCCGCAGGCUCUUGGCUUCGAGGGCUUCUACCGUGGCGCAUAUUCAUACCACUUCCACAACUUCUGGUGGGAACCUUUCGACCGCUCACGCAACUGGCCAGACCUUGGUCCCCGAUUCAUGGAGGGCGAGCGCCGUGCACGGCUUGGCGCAGAGGGCAUGAACUCGACAAUCGAGCUCCCUGAGGACUUUGUCAAGGACGACAAGCGCGACCUGGACUGGGCAACAGUGCUUAAGCGCACAUUCGAGUCGUACAUCCGUGGCGAGCGUCCAAACAUGUACGGCGAGUGGCUCGACUGGUAG